GAUUUGAACCAAAAUACCUCUUUGGGGCAUACCAAUCUUUUCUAUUAUCAAAUGAUAUCUGUUUUAUUUGCAGUGAUUGUAGAAAUUCCAUUUUCCCUAAGAUUAGGAUCCUCUUUCGAAGGAAAACAAUUAAAAAAAUCUUAUAAUUUACAAUCCAUUCAUUCAAUAUUUCCCUUUUUUGAAGAUAAAUUAACACAUUUUAAUUAUGUGUUAGAUGUACUAAUACCUUACCCGAUCCAUCUAGAAAUCUUGGUUCAAACCCUACGUUACCGGGUAAAAGAUGCCUCUUCUUUGCAUUUUUUUCGGUUCUGUCUAUACGAGUAUUAUAAUUGGAAGAAUUUUGAUAUUAAAAAAACAUCAAUUUUGAAUCCAAGAUUUUUUUUGUUUUUAUAUAAUUCUCAUGUAUGUGAAUACAAAUCCAUCUUUUUUUUUCUACGCAAGCGGUCUUCUCAUUUACGAUCGAUAUCUUAUAAAGUCCUUUUUGAGCGAAUUUUAUUCUAUUUUAUGGGUUAUCUGUCAAGUUUGCGAUUAAAUCCUUUAGUGGUACAUAGUCAAAUGCUAGAAAACUCUUUUUUAAUAGAUAAUGUUAGAAUAAAAUUGUAUAGCAAAAUUCCAAUUUCUUCUAUUAUUAGAUCGUUGGCUAAAGAUAAAUUUUGUAAUGUAUUAGGGCAUCCCAUUAGCAAAGCGACCUGGACGGAUUCAUCAGAUUCUGAUAUUCUCAACCGAUUUGUGCGUAUAUGCAGAAAUAUUUCUCAUUAUUACAGCGGAUCCUCAAAAAAAAAGAAUUUGUAUCGAAUAAAAUAUAUACUUCGUCUUUGUUGUGUUAAAAUUUUGGCUCGUAAACACAAAAGUACUGUACGUGCUUUUUUAAAAAGGUUGGGUUCGAGUUUAUUGGAAGAAUUUCUUACGGGGGAAGACCAAGUUCUUUCUUUAAUCUUCCCAAGAAGUUAUUAUGCUUCUAAAAGAUUAUAUCGAGUUCGGAUUUGGUAUUUGGAUAUUCUUUCUCUUAAUGAUUUG